AAUCUCCUAUAUUCAUUGUUCCCUCGGUUUCACACGUAUCUUGAAAAAACAGGCUGACCUCAACUUAAAACCUAAAUAAUAGUCUCAGGUUCCAGCCCAAAAAUUAGUUUUUGAACUAGCUCCUCAUUGGAUGCAGCUUCUUUAAAAGAGUUCAGAAAUGUUCUUGUUUGAUCUUGUUCACUGUUUUAUCUUCUUUGCCAGCAUUGUAGCGGUUUUUUCGGAAUCAUUGCCUCAAGAUUCUGUUCAUCUACUUGGGUUUCGAAGCAAUCUUCCAGAUCCCUCUCAACAAUUGCUCCCUUGGAAUCAAUCUGUCUCACACUGUAAAUGGAAAGGUGUUACCUGCUACUCAGACAAAACUUCACAAGUCAAAUCAUUGUAUUUCAGAGACUUCCUUCUAUCUGGAAUCUUGGACAAGGCCUUUCCAAAUCUUUGCCAUCUUCCUCGUUUGGUCUCCCUUGAUCUCAGUGGCAACCAUCUCACUGGUGGCAUCCCUGCUAUGCUUGCUAACUGCAGCCAACUUGACACGAUUUUCCUCAACGACAACAGGUUUUCAGGAUCCAUCCCACCAGAGAUUUUCAAAUCCAAAAGGCUUGUAUACCUUGAGUUGGGUUACAAUCAGCUCAAUGGCACCAUUCCUUCUGAGGUGGGCCUUUCGACAAGCCUUCAAUAUCUUGGGCUGUGGAACAAUUUCCUUAGUGGAAAUGUUCCAAAAGAGCUAUUUGGUUUGCCAAACUUGACAGAUCUCUACAUCCACACAAAUAAUCUAACGGGACCUCUCCCGGACUUCCCAUCCUCAUGCUCACUUUCCCAGCUUCUUAUUCAUCAGAAUCGCUUCUCAGGUUCUUUGCCAAUUUCCCUAGGUAAUUGUCACAACCUUUCUGCAUUCUAUGCAACAUCUGCUCAUCUUGGAGGAGUUAUUUCCCCAGAGGUUUUUAGGGGCCUUUCAAAUCUCGAAUUACUCUCUUUAGAUGACAACAACUUUGAAGGGGAAAUUCCUGAGACCUUAUGGAAUGGAAAAUUACAAGAGUUGGUUCUUUCCAUAAAUAAUUUUAAUGGAAGUAUAUCAGAAAAGAUUGGUGGUUGCCAUCAGAUGACUUACAUUGAUUUGUCAGCUAACAAAUUAAGUGGUCAGAUUCCCAAGUCAGUUGGACGUCUGAAGAAUUUGUACAAGCUUCUUCUGUAUGAUAACAUGUUUAGUGGUUCAUUGCCAGCAGAAGUUGGGAACUGCACUUCUCUUGCUGAGAUAAGUCUUGUCAGUAACUUCAUCAGUGGGGAAAUUCCUUCAGAAAUUUGCAGCCUUCAAAACCUAGAAACAUUUAAUGCAUUCAAAAAUAAAAUUCAGGGCCAAAUUCCAGAAUGCAUUGGAAGAAUAAGCGGGCUGCAGGAGCUAGCUCUUUAUGAGAACCGAUUGACCGGCAAGUUACCGCUUGGAAUUACAAAUAUGACGAAACUUUCAUUUCUGUCGUUGGCUCAUAAUAACCUUACGGGGGAGGUACCACCUGAUCUUGGAAAAGAUAAUUUUCCUGGCUUAGUUAAGGUUGAUUUAGGUUAUAAUAACUUCAGUGGACAGAUUCCUUCUAAACUGUGUAAUGGCAACAGGCUUGCAGUCCUGGCUCUUGAAAACAACAGGUUUAAUGGCAGCUUCCCAACCUAUCUAGCAAACUGCAAAUCUCUCUAUAGGGUAAAACUUCCCAACAACAAUCUGCAGGGGAGUAUUCCAGACGACAUUGAAAAGAAUGAGAAUAUUUCUUACUUGGAUGUUAGACAGAAUAUGCUUGUAGGAAGGAUUCCAGCUGCAUUUGGUUACUGGACCAAUCUUUCAAUGAUUGAUCUUUCAGAAAAUAUGUUUAAUGGCUCCAUACCCACAGAACUUGGAAAACUUCAGAAUCUUGUAAAACUGAGCAUUUCUUCAAACAGACUGACCGGACAAAUUCCCUUUCAGUUGAGUAACUCUGAAAAACUGGAGGAGUUGGAUCUCAGCAACAACAGUCUUUCAGGAAGAAUUCCUAAAGAAAUUGCAUCAUCUUCAGUAUUGACAAAUCUUCUACUCCAGGACAACAAACUUUCUGGUGCUCUUCCAAGCACUUUCUCCUCCUCACAAAUGCUUGUAAAGCUGCAGCUGGGAAACAACUUGCUCGAAGGCCCAAUUCCAUGCAGUCUGAGUAAGCUUAUGCAACCUGGUUUUUCACUAAAUCUGAGCAUGAAUAAGUUUACUGGUGAAAUUCCUAGGUGCCUAGGCAAUCUUGACAAAUUGGAGGUCCUUGAUAUAUCAAGCAACAACCUGUCUGGUGCAAUACCAUCAGAAAUGGAAAAGAUGAGUUCCCUUUCGUUUCUCAACAUAUCAUUUAAUAGCUUGUCAGGGAAGGUACCCAAUACAUGGGAAAAACUAUUAAGUUCACGUCCAGGAUCUGCCUUGGGAAAUCCAGGACUUUGCUUAAUAGACACGGAAGGUAGCAACUGCAAGCAUGUGAAAAAAUCACAAGUAAAAUGGAAGACUUUGGCUGGUGUAAUUAGUGGAUGUGUGCUUUCCAUGGCAAUCACAGUUGCUGCAAUGUACUUACUAGUGACUCGGAUUUGGCACCCAUCCCUGCUGAAUAAGCAUCGGCUCGUCAAGUGUCAAUCAGGAAUUGAAGAUCUACCUGAUGGUAUAACUUUUGAGGACAUUGUACAUGCAACAGAAGGCUGGAGUGAAAACUAUGUUAUUGGAAGAGGCACGCAUGGAACUGUUUAUAAGAUGGAAUCUGCCAAAUCCAAUAAACUUUGGGCUGUCAAGAAGGUAGACUUAGCUCAGAGAGCAUUCAAUGAUGAAAUGAGAAGCCUAAAUUCUGUCAGACACCGCAAUUUGGUAAGAUUGGGAGGAUAUUGCAUGAAACAUGGAUAUGGCUUCAUUCUAACAGAAUUUAUACCUGGAGGGACUCUUCAUGAUGUCCUUCACCAGAGAAAACCACCUGUAGUCUUGGACUGGAAGUCCCGCCAUCGUAUUGCUCUUGGUAUUGCUCAAGGUCUAUCAUACCUUCACCACGAUUCAGUGCCUCAAAUCAUUCACAGAGAUCUCAAAUCAGAUAAUGUAAUGCUGGAUUCCGAGAUGGUGCCAAAGAUUGGCGAUUUCGGGAUUGCUAAAAUGGUAUCAGAUGAAGAAAAUUCAACGAACUCCAAUAUUGUUGGGACUCUAGGAUACAUUGCUCCAGAGAACGCAUACUCAGUUCAACUGACAGAGAAAAGUGAUGUCUAUAGCUACGGAAUUCUUCUUUUAGAGCUUUUCUGCAGAAAAAUGCCAGUAGAUCCCAGCUUUGAAGAAGGAUUAGACAUUGUUUUCUGGGUGAGGAAAAACUUGCAGAGAAGCAACAAUUUCCUUAGUUUUCUUGAUGAAGAAAUUAGGCUCUGGAAUGUAGAAGAACAAUGGAAGGCCCUGAAACUAGUGGAUUUGGCGCUUCAAUGUGCUCAACUCGAGGCAAGCACCAGGCCUGCAAUGAGGGAUGUAGUAAGGUCUCUUGUCGAGUUAUGAAGAGAGGAAUGCAAGAUGAUUUGAAGGCAGGUGCAGUUCAAUCCAGAAGAUCAAGAGCUCCUGCAUUUCUCUUCUUUAUUUUUGGCGUAAAGAACAGUUAGUUGAUGAUGUUGAAUCAUUACUAGACUCUAUGGCCUCUUUGUAAGUUUUGUUUGAGGCUGUAUCUGUAGAUAUGAUAUACCAGGUCUUUAUUAGGGUGCUGAUGAAUAUAAUAUGUUACCAAAUUCAAAAAGAGAAUAGAUGUAAAGAUAAGUAAUGAAACUUUUAGUAGUGAAACCUGUGAUCAACUUUCCAAAUUCCAACAUCUCAUUUUUUUCUUUUUUUGCUUACAUCAAAAAAUUGGACAAAGAAAAUACAUGAUGUUUCAGUUUAACAAAAUCGUGAUCUUGGGUUUUUCAGUUUAACUUUGUGACAUCCAAUGUAGCAACAUAGACUAAGAAAAUGCAUGAUGUUUCAAAUCAAUUUUUGGUAAAAGCAAUUUUCACCUUCUAGCCAUAGCUCUUUUCAUCAUGGAUCACUGUCCGUAAUCAGUUUUUGCUUAUUACUUUCUCCAGCUUCUCCAAAAUCUGAACAGUUUUCAGGUAUCACAAUUAAAAUGAGAGUGUGAAGGAACAAGGCUUUGCUACAAGCUAGUCCUUAUCUUAUGGACUAUAACAUUCCGGAUUAUAAAAGAAAUCAAAAGAACAACCCCCACCCAAAAAGAUAAGCUUUUGUUGAAUUUGGUCGUACUAAUGAUGGUUCCUGCGAAAGAGUGCAGAAGACCUCCGCCUUACCGGUCUUUCUUUGUGUUCCAAACUUGCAGUAGCAGAAUUAUUUGCAGAAAAUAUAGAUAUGAUGAAUAGAAAUGGCUUGUGGACAAUCAUUGUAUUUCAAACAAAUACAGAUAUUCAAAUAAGGUAGAUAUAACUCAGAUAUGAGUUACCAACAGGACUUCUAACAAGACUUAACAGACGAAUGGCAAAUACAUAGGAAUAUCAGAUCAGGAGAGUAAAAUAAUAGUCCUUGAAGAAUUGAUCAGAAUUCAGUAGAAAGGAAAUAUGAAAGAAGUGCAAGAAUAAACUGGAAGAAAUACUCUGCAGGUGACAAAUAGAUGAAAGACAUACCUCAGUUACGAAAACUGCAACACCCGAGCACAAUACGAUGCGCACCUAAAUCAUCCAAGUAGGAGAAGCCCAACUUAAAUGUCCCAGAUUCCUUUUUCGUAUUUUUUAUGUAGUUGACUUGGAUGUGCAUUACAAGACAACUGUCACAAGAUUUUGAGAAUUUUUCAUGUUAAAAUAUCCACCAGAAUUUGCAUUGGAUAUAUUCACAUGGCACCACAUAUGCUGACAAAUCUCAGACUUCUAAUAAUAGAGAUUCCAUUCUGAGACAGAUCCACUAAAUUCCCAAGUUUCUGCUCUUAGCAAGUGCAGCACCAUCACAUAUGAUGAUAAGUCUAGGACCUCUAGUAAUAAAGCUUCCCUUCUGAGCCAAAUCCACUAAAUUCCCAAGCUUCUGCUCUUAGCAAGUGCACUUUUGUGCAAGACGAUUAGAGACAAACUCCAGGAAUUUGGUGCUUGCUCUAAUACCAAAGUUACAAGCAGCUCAAAAGAGAAAAUAUAAAACACUAAACCACAUUAAAGAAAAGCUAGGAAGCUAAAACCAAAAUUGAAGAAGAAAAAGUUCCACACUGUUUCUCUUAACAGAACAGGUGAAAUUUCUCAUAAAGAGCUGAUCAUAUUCUAUAUCCAAUCACUUUACUGAAGUUAGAGUACAGAUAAAUGUUUGAAAACCCUAGUGUCCAAAGAUAGGGACAAUAGAAAUAUGAAGCUGUAAAAUGCUCCAA